ACGCCACUGUGCUGCAAAACGUUUGCUCGUCCCCCUCCCUUUGCUUUCGUGCCUGUUGCUCAUCUUGCUUCUGGAAAUGUCAGAAGCAAAGCCCUACUUGACAGUCAGCAUCGAGCCGCUGCCGCCUGUGGUGGUGGGAGAUGCCGUCACCCUCAAAUGCAACUUCAAGACGGAUGGGAAGAUGCGGGAGAUCGUCUGGUACCGGGUCACUGAUGGCGGCACCAUCAAGCAGAAGAUCUUCACUUUUGAUGCCAUGUUCUCCACCAAUUUCUCACACAUGGAGAAUUACAGGAAGAGGGAGGAUCUGGUCUACCAGUCCACCGUGCGCCUCCCUGAGGUUCGUAUUUCGGACAACGGUCCCUACGAGUGUCACGUGGGGAUUUACGACCGAGCUACAAGGGAGAAAGUGGUCCUGGCCUCUGGGAACGUAUUCCUCAACGUGAUGGCUCCUCCAACAUCCAUCUCGGUGCUCGCCGCCGACACGCCGGCGCCCUUCCAGGCACAGAACUUCACCCUGGUGUGCGUGGUCUCCGGCGGCAAGCCCGCCCCGCUGGUGUACUUCAAGCGGGACGGGGAGCCCAUCGAGGCCACCCCACUGCCGGAGCCGCCGGCCGGCGCUGGAAGCUGGGCACCCCGUAACCUCCUUCACCGUGACCUGGAUGACACCAAGGUGCCGAAAUCGCUGGCAGCUGAAGGAGAAGUGGGAGGCAGGCAACCCCUGGCCACAGCGGACCCCCCGCGAGGGCUGGCAGCCGAACGGGGUCCCGUCACCGAAACGAUCCCCGAAACGGUGGUGAGCCGGGAAUUCCCGCGAUGGGUGCACGUGGCGGAGCCCAUCUACUAUUUCCGCCACACGCACGCGCCCGUCAGUGACGGGACGGUGGAGGCACGGGCCACCCUCACCUGGACCCUGAACCCCCAAAUCGACAACGAGGCGCUCUUCAGCUGCGAGGUGAAGCACCCGGCGCUCUCCAUGCCCAUGCAGUCCGAAGUGACACUCGUUGCUCCUAAGGGCCCGAAGAUCACGAUGACCCCAACAAGAGCCCGCGUCGGAGACACCGUGCGGAUCUUGGUGCAGGGCUUCCAGAAUGAAGUCUUCCCUGAGCCCCUCUUCACCUGGACGCGGGUGGGGAGCCGGCUCCUCGACGGCAGUGCCGAGCAUGACGGCAAGGAACUGGUGCUGGAGAGGGUGCCAGCUGAACUCAACGGCUCCAUGUACCGCUGCACCGCUCAGAACCCCCUGGGCUCCACCGACACCCACACCCGACUCAUUGUUUUUGAAAACCCAAAUAUUCCCAGAGGAACAGAGGACUCCAAUGGUUCACUUACCGGCCACCGCGGCUUCAGACUAGUUUUGGCACUCACCCUAACAGUGAUCCUGGAGCUAACGUGAAACUUCGCCUGCCUCUUCCUCCUCCUCCUCCUCUGUACGGCUCCACCUGGCAUUUACACCUCCGUCAAUUGGUUCUCUCGCGCUCUCUUUUUUUUUUUUUCUAUACUCUUCACAGUCUCGGUCUCUUUCUGUCUGUGUCUUGGCUUCCUCAGACAAUUUAAUUAAAAGGAAAAAGAAAAAUCUCCCCUGGUAGAAGCCUG